AUGCCUGCCUCAGAAAAGGAAGUCGCCGAGGCUCACCGAAUCCUCUUCGACAAGGGUCUUCAGGUUCGCUAUGAGGUCGCAGGGAAGCAAUACGUCGAUAAAUCUCUGGCAAAUGGGGACUCAUCAUUCGCCCGUCCCAUGCAAGAGCUUGUGACUGAAGCCUGCUGGGGAUUUGUGUGGUCACGUCCUGGGCUGGAGCGGAAACAGCGCAGUCUCCUGAAUAUAGCCAUGCUUUGCGCUAUGCACCGGUCGCAGGAGCUAGCUGUACACGUCAGGGGAGCCGUUAGUAACGGCGCAAGUGAGGUUGAGAUCAGGGAGACUUUGUUGCAGGCUAGUAUCUAUGCCGGUAUGCCUGUUGGCUUGGAGGGUUUCAGAGUCGCCUCCAAGGUUCUGGAAGAGAUGAAGAGUGAAGGCAUAUUAAAAUCAGAGUAA